CCGUUGUGCAGACGCAGAAUUAAGAUCUUCACGCCAGAUGGAGUGAAAAAGCAAGGAGCAGAAGAUGGGUGGGACCCCACUGCGCUUUUUAAAAGCUGCACGUCUGCUUAGAGUACACAAAAAUCCUGGCACACAAAGCACUAGCACCCGAGGAUCGCCGCGUUUCACACCUGCUUCCCAGGGCCCGGCGCCCUCGCCCGCUGCGCACGCGCGUCACCCUCGCCCAGUGCGCACGCGCGCUGCUGCCCGUCGGGCCCCGCAGGCGCGGUGAAUCGAACGUUGAGCAGGGCGGUGGGUGGUGCGGAGUGCCGAGCGGCCUCACCCUCAACCGUCGGCCCGGUCGGACGGUUCCGAGGCGUUGCCGGGAGCCGGGCGCGGCUCUGCCUGGACUCGGAGAAACGCAGGGCAUCUGCCUGAGCCCGCUUUUCUACAAGAUGUGGGGAUUUUUGAAGCGCCCUGUAGUGGUGACGGCUGACAUCAAUUUGAGCCUUGUGGCCCUGACUGGGAUGGGGUUACUGAGUCGGCUGUGGCGACUCACCUACCCGCGGGCUGUGGUUUUUGACGAAGUAUAUUAUGGGAAGUACGUCUCUUUUUACAUGAAACGAAUCUUCUUCUUGGAUGACAGUGGGCCACCAUUUGGCCACAUGGUGCUGGCCUUGGGAGGUUAUUUAGGAGGAUUCGAUGGCAAUUUUUUGUGGAACAGAAUUGGAGCAGAAUAUAGUAGCAACGUGCCUGUGUGGUCCCUGCGCCUGCUGCCAGCACUCGCGGGGGCCUUGUCGGUCCCCAUGGCCUACCAGAUAGUGUUGGAGCUCCGCUUUUCUCAUUGUGCCGCCAUGGGAGCUGCUCUGUUGAUGCUUAUCGAGAAUGCUCUCAUCACUCAGUCAAGGCUAAUGCUUUUGGAAUCAGUGUUAAUAUUUUUUAAUCUAUUGGCCGUGUUGUCUUACCUGAAGUUCUUCAACUGCCAAAAGCACAGCCCUUUUUGUCUGAGCUGGUGGAUCUGGCUAACACUGACAGGGGUCGCUUGUUCCUGUGCAGUGGGCAUCAAGUACAUGGGUGUGUUCACGUACGUGCUCAUGCUGGCUGUUGCAGCUGUCCAUGCCUGGCACCUGAUUGGAGACCAGACUUUGUCCAAUGUCUGUGUGUUCUGUCACUUGCUCGCCCGAGCAGUGGCUUUGCUGGUCAUCCCGGUCGUCCUGUACUUACUGUUCUUCUACGUCCACUUGAUUCUACUCUUCCGCUCUGGGCCCCACGACCAAAUCAUGUCCAGUGCCUUCCAGGCCAGCUUAGAGGGAGGACUAGCUCGGAUCACUCAGGGUCAGCCUCUGGAGGUGGCCUUCGGGUCCCAGGUCACUCUGAGGAACGUCUUCGGGAAACCUGUGCCCUGCUGGCUUCAUUCCCACCAGGACACCUACCCCAUGAUAUAUGACAACGGCCGAGGCAGCUCCCACCAGCAACAGGUGACCUGUUAUCCCUUCAAAGACGUCAAUAACUGGUGGAUUGUAAAGGAUCCCAGGAGGCACCAGCUGGUGGUGAGCAGCCCUCCGAGACCUGUGAGGCACGGGGACAUGGUGCAGCUGGUCCACGGCAUGACCACCCGCUCCCUGAACACGCAUGAUGUUGCAGCCCCUCUGAGUCCCCAUUCACAGGAGGUCUCCUGCUACAUUGACUAUAACAUCUCCAUGCCCGCCCAGAACCUCUGGAGACUGGAAAUUGUGAACAGAGGAUCCGACACAGACGUCUGGAAGACCAUCCUCUCAGAGGUCCGCUUUGUGCAUGUGAACACUUCCGCUGUCUUAAAGCUGAGCGGGGCUCACCUCCCUGACUGGGGGUAUCGGCAGCUGGAGGUCGUCGGGGAGAAGCUGUCCCGGGGCUACCAUGGGAGCACAGUGUGGAACGUGGAGGAGCACCGAUAUGGCGCGAGCCAGGAGCAGAGGGAGCGGGAACGGGAGCUGCACUCACCUGCGCAGGUGGACGUCAGCAGGAACCUCAGCUUCAUGGCGAGAUUCUCGGAGCUGCAGUGGAGGAUGCUGGCGCUGAGAAGCGAUGACUUGGAACACAAGUACAGCUCCAGCCCACUGGAGUGGGUCACCCUGGACACCAAUAUCGCCUACUGGCUGCACCCCAGGACCAGCGCUCAGAUCCAUCUACUUGGAAACAUAGUGAUCUGGGUUUCAGGCAGCCUCGCUCUGGCCAUCUACGCCCUGCUGUCCUUGUGGUACCUGCUCCGCCGGCGAAGAGGCAUCCAUGACCUCCCUCAGGAUGCCUGGCUGCGCUGGGUGCUGGCUGGGGCGCUGUGUGCGGGUGGCUGGGCCGUGAACUACCUCCCGUUCUUCCUGAUGGAGAAGACACUCUUCCUCUACCACUACCUGCCUGCACUCACCUUCCAAAUCCUUCUGCUCCCUGCGGUCCUGCAGCACAUCAGCGACCACCUGUGCAGGUACGGGGGCUGUGGAGACAGUGGCUGGACCAGGCAGCAGCCCUCUGCUGGGAAGCCCAUGUGCAGCAAACACAUGGGGUGCAGCCAACCUCACCCAUUUCACGUUACACUGACAUCCUCUUGGCCCCUCCGGGGAAUGGGUGAGGUUCUAAAGAGACGCCCAGAUGAGGCACUGCAGGAACCCAGAGGGAGAAGUCACAGCUGACAGAGAUGAAAGUGGAGUGGGUGGGGAGACGGGUAAGGGAUGAAGAGAUGUGGGUGGCCUGGAGGAUUCGGGAGCGGGGAGCAAGGCCCGGGAGCCUCGGGGUGUCAGAAACAGCAGCUGGUUAUGGUCAGGUUGUGUGGUGUGGCGGAGAGAACCCAAGAAAGCUUCUAAACCAGAGUGUGUUUGGAGGUUGGAGCAGAGGGCGAGGGCCUCCCAGUCUCAGGAAGCCACACAAGGGAGGACCGUGGAUUUGGGACCAGUCCUCUGGCAUCUGUGUGGAGGUGGCCCAGCCACUGUGGAGGCCUGAGGAGUCGUCAGGGGGCCCCUCUCAGUGCAUCCAGGUGGGAGAUGGUCAUGGGUGGCAGGAGACAAGACACACAAACCUGAAGGCAGAACCCCAGGCCUCGGGGGUGACCGUGUGGACAGCAGAUGCCAAGAGGGUGCCGGGCAGGGAAGCUGCAGUGGUCAGCCACCCUCCCCCAUGCUGCUCUGACCUCUGCAGGUCCCAGCUCCAGAGGAGCGUCUUCAGCGCCCUGGUGGUGGCCUGGUACUCCUCUGCAUGCCACGUGUCCAACACGCUGCGCCCACUCACCUACGGGGACAAGUCGCUCUUGCCACAUGAACUCAAGGCCCUUCGCUGGAAAGACAGCUGGGACAUCUUGAUCCGAAAACACUAGAACAAGAGCGUGGCAAAGAACACCCGUGCUGGGGUCGGGACGAGGUUGAAGGGUCUUGGUCAAUGCACUUAAUGAGCAGGGUGGGCCCCACGCUGGGGGGACACAGGCUGGGCUCAGCAGGGCCUCUCCUGGAACGCAUGGGGGUCUCGUUUUGGAAAAGCUCUCCAAUGAGCACCUCCUUUUCUGGAAAGUUAAUUUUUUCUUGACAAUGAAGAUACUCCCUCCGUGUCUUCACCCCUGAACUAAGACACAGGGAGUAUUUCAGAGGCCAGCGUAGGAGUCAUUGACAAAGAAAAGCCGGAACCCGGGGCCAGCAGUGGAGCAGGUGACAGCCUCCGCAGACCGGGCCCUGGUCCUUGCUGACCGCUGCAGGGUGGAGUUUGAUCUGGCAGACCCGAUCCUCCUCCAUGAACACCCAGCAACCUGACCAAGUCCCAGCCCUGUCCUCAGCGAGCCUGGUGGUGUCCUGGGACAGGUCAGUGUUGGAGGGCCACCUGAACCACGAGCCGGGCUGGGGCUUGCAUGUCAUUCUCUAUGACAGCGUCAAGACAGGCCCUCAGCACUGUGCUGUGUGGAAACCCUCCCCUGAGACUCCACUGAGACGUGGCUGAGUGAACUCUUCCUCGUCAGUGGUCAAGGUGUGUCAUCCAUACAGCUCCAUGCCUUUACUUUGCCUUUUUAAAUGUAAUUAAAAAAGGAACGAACUGGCA